AUGGGAAAUAUUAAAAAAAAAUCCUUACGUCAACAUUGUAUUUCUAUUACCGGUAAGAUAAAAAAGCAAAAAGAAAAUCGUCAUCAAUCUUCACCUCCAGCGAUACCACAUAGUACUUUUACAACGAUACGACAUUCACUAAAUGAAUUAGACUUUAUUCAAACAGCUCGUUUACGAAGCUAUUCUAAUUGGCCUCAUUUUAUUCCUAGUGGUAAAAUUAUGUCAUCCAAUGGUUGGUUCUAUUGUAAUGUAAACGAUCGAGUUAUUUGUAUAUAUUGUAAAAAAAUUUGUCAUAAAUGGACAAAUACUGAUGAUCCUUAUGAAGUUCAUGCAAGACUUGCACCUGAAUGUCCUUUUGUUCUAUCAAUAACAUCAUCAUCAUCAUCGAAUAAAGCCCCUCCAUUAAUAACUCAUAAUCUUUCAGAAAAAUUCCAGCCACGUCAUACAACAAUGUGUGAAAUAAACCAACGAGAAAAAUCAUUUGAUAAUAAUACUUGGACACAAACUUCACCGAGUGUUAAUGAUUUAAUAAAAGCUGGAUUUUUUUAUUCUGGUAUUGGAAAUACGGUAACUUGUUUUUAUUGUGGUGGAUCAUUACAUAAAUGGGGUACCAAUGAUAAUCCGAAAAUUGAACAUGCUAGAUGGUUUCCUAAUUGUCUUUAUGCUAAACAUUUAUGUGGUGAUCAACUUCAUGCUAAAAUUCAAAUUAAAAAAAAACGAGUAACAAUAGAAAAACAUAAUAUUGAUAAAGAAACUAUUAUGCGUCUUGUUAAUGCAAGACUUGAUCUACCUAUUGCUCAACGUCUUCGUACACAAUAUUCAUAUUCUAUUGUUAGAAGAUGUUUUGAAGAACAAUGGAAGAUUAAUCAUGAUGAUUUUUCAUCAGAUAAUGAUCUAAUAAUGGCUUGUUUUAUUCUUCAAAAACAAAUUGAUGCUUGCCAAGAAAAUUCAAACAAGUUAAUAAUUCCUUCACAAAAUCAAAUGUCAAUUAGUUCACUUAAAACAUCGAAAACAAAAUUAGAAGAAUGUAUAAUAUGUGUUACGGAAGAAAGACAAUUAGCUUGUAUGCCUUGUGGACAUUUAUGUACUUGUGUAAUUUGUGGAUACGCUCUUCAUUCAUGUCCUAUAUGCAGACAGCAAAUUGAAUCAUUUGUUCGAAUUUAUUGUUAA